CGUGCCGAGUGAAUUACACAAACAUUUAUGCAGUCGGACGGGGAGGAAACGCUGCUGCAUUCAUGUUUCGAUUCGCUGAAGAACGCAGUCAUGGGUUGCUGCUAUAGCAUUUGCCACAAAGAAUCUGAUCCACAGGAGAACACAGUGAAUGAACGGACUCACUUGUUGGAAGUGGCGGAACAGCAGCAGGAGGCGCCGGUGCCGGCUGCGUCGGCGACUACACCGCCGCGGAAGCCCGACGAACAGAGCGCGCUCAACCGGAUCCUCCAUGAGACUGCUACGAACGUGAUCGACGUGGGCGCGCUGGGCCCGUACACGCUGGAGGCGGGCGCGUACAGCGAGCGCGUGCGCGCGUACACGGCGCGGCUGUGCGCCGCCCCCGCGCCGCCGCCGCCCGCGCCGCGCGCGCUGCUGCAGGACGUGUCGCUGGCCGAGCGGAACGCGCUGCUCGGCAAGCCGGGCUUGGCCAGCGAGGACAAGGAAUUUGUCAAAUCUCGGUAG